GUUGGUGUGUGUUGUGUGUUGGUGGGGGACGGUGGUCCGCGUUACGUAAUAGAUGCGCGCUCGGCACCCCGAGUACGUACUUCCUGGGCGGGAACAGCAAAAUGGCGCCAGAACCAGUGGCGGGCUGAGCCCGCGGCCUUGUUGGAAGUCGGCCCUGCGGUCCCCGGGCGGCGGGCCCUUGCGGACAUGGAGGACGUAGAGGCGCGCUUCGCCCACCUCUUGCAGCCCAUCCGCGAUCUCACCAAGAACUGGGAGGUGGACGUGGCGGCCCAGCUGGGCGAGUAUCUGGAGGAGCUGGACCAGAUUUGCAUUUCUUUUGACGAAGGCAAAACCACAAUGAACUUCAUUGAGGCAGCGCUGCUGAUCCAGGGUUCAGCCUGUGUCUACAGUAAAAAGGUGGAGUAUCUCUACUCACUGGUCUACCAGGCUCUUGAUUUCAUCUCUGGCAAGAGGCGAGCCAAGCAGCUCUCUUUAGUACAGGAAGAUGGGACCAACAGGGCUGUCAACUCGGAGACCCCCCAGGAGGCAGAAGAUGAGUUCCUGUCACUGGAUGACUUCCCAGACUCCCGGGCUAAUGUGGAUCUGAAGAAUGAGCAGGCGCCUAGUGAACUGCUUAUCAUCCCCCUUCUGCCCAUGGCCCUGGUGGCCCCUGAUGAAGUGGAGAAGAACAACAGCCCCCUGUACAGUCGUCAGGGCGAGGUCCUGGCCAGCCGGAAGGAUUUCAGGAUGAACACGUGCACCCCCAACUCCAGGGGGGCCUUCAUGUUGGAGCCGAUGGGCAUGUGCCCUGUGGAGCCUCUGGGUGUGUGCCCCAUGCCAAGGAACCAGAAGGAUGCUGGGGGCACUGAGGAGCAGCCAAUGGAAGUCUCUGGAUGCGGAAGUCCUGGCCCCAUACUCGGCUUGUCCCGAGAGCCAGACGCCUUUCCAGAAGGCCCAGCACCCAGCAGUGGGGACGAGGACACAGAGGACACAGUAGAGCUCCCGGAGGCCACGGUCCCCAAGGCUGCUCUGGAGUCUGAGGAGCCCAGGACCCUACAGCAGACUACCACCCUACCCAGGAGGUACAUGCUGCGGGUGCGAGAGGGAGCCCCAGAGCCUGUUUCCCGGUUGAAGGAGACUCCAGACCCCUGGCAGAGCCUGGACCCCUUUGAUUCUCUGGACUCUAAGCCCUUCAAGAAAGGUAGGCCUUAUUCUGUGCCUCCCUGUGUGGAGGAGGCUCCAGGACAGAAGCGCAAGAGGAAAGGCACCACCAAGCUGCAAGACUUUCACCAGUGGUACCUGGCUGCCUAUGCUGACCAUGCUGAUAGUAGGAGGCCUCGGCGAAAGGGCCCAAGCUUUUCAGACAUGGAGGUCUUGUACUGGAAGCAUGUGAAUGACCAGCUGGAGACCCUCCGGAAGCUACAGAGGCGGGAGAUGGCUGAGCGGUGGCUGCCCAGAGCUGAGGAGAAGCUGUGGCCUGCAGAGGAGGACCGCCUGGAAGAUUCUCUGGAGGACCUGGGGGUGGCAGAUGAUUUUAUAGAGCCUGAGGAGUAUGCUGAGCCUGAGGGGGAAAAGCCUGGGGAAGCUGCCAACCUGGAUGCAGAGACCACACCAGAAUCUCUGAGCUAUGAGGAACUGGUUCGAAGGAAUGUGGAGCUCUUCAUUGCCACCUCCCAGAAGUUUGUCCAGGAGACGGAGCUAAGCCAGCGCAUCAGAGACUGGGAGGACACCAUCCAGCCCCUGCUCCAGGAGCAGGAGCAGCAUGUGCCCUUUGAUAUCCACACCUACGGGGACCAGGUCGUCUCACAGUUCCCCCAGCUCAAUGAAUGGUGUCCCUUUGCGGAACUGGUGGCUGGACAGCCUGCCUUUGAGGUGUGUCGCUCCAUGUUGGCCUCCCUGCAGCUGGCUAACGACUACACUGUAGAGAUCACUCAGCAGCCAGGGCUGGAAGCAGCUGUGGAUACCAUGUCUCUGAAACUGCUCACACACCAGCGAGCCCACACGCGAUUCCAGACCUACAUUGCCCCUUCCAUGGCCCAACCCUGAGUGGAGAGCCCUGGAAGUCUU